AUGGUACAGUGCCUCCUCGCUCACCUAUGGACUCCAAACAUAACGUGAGUACCGAUGCCAUGAUGGCCAAUGGGAACCACAGAGCGGUUGGUGCGGAGCACAAUGGGAUGGGUCUAACUGAUAGCGCUGCAUCACAUGGCACGGAGUCUGAUUUUCGCCUGAAAGAAAUGAAGCAGGAGCCGGUGGACGAUAUCUUGCCCUGCAUACUGCCUGGGGGAGGUGGGAAUGGAAACCACAACCUCUUCCCUGACCUCAACCUCAACGAUCAGGACUGGAGUGAGAUUAUGGAGGAGUUCAACCGCUCCGUACCCUACGAGGAAAUCCAGGAGCUCUUCAGUGACAGUUUUGGAGAUCGCAAGGACCCGGAGCUCUCGUCUGCCGGUGCAGCUCAGAGCUUAAUGCCGCCAGAUCUGGUCAGCGUGAAGACUGAAUUUUCCCCCACUAUGGCUCCCUCCGCCUUUGAUCAGGACUCUUGCAACGGUUCACCUCAGUUGAGACCCACCUCGUCUGGGCCUCCGCUUCACACCAACUCCCCCGCAACGGCUCCGGCCACGUCGCCGGCCCUGCCUGUGCAGCAGCAUCCACAACAGCCGCCCAUUCAGCCCAGCAGAACACAUCCAAAUCACCUGCUGCCCGUCCCACCCAAAGACCUGUCCCCCGCGCAGCAACUGCAGCAGUUAGCAGUUCGUGAGCAGCAGAGGGCGAUAUUACAAAGCCAGCUGCAGCACGUGGUUCAGAAGCCGCCACAGCAAAAAUCGCAGCAACAGCAAGCAGCGAAAUUCCACCAGCAGCCCAAUCACUCGACGUCUUGGCCCCAAAAUGCUCCCACCCAAAGUCAAAUGGGCGGAACCUUUGGCCUUGAGAAGUCCACCAGCCCUUCUUUGUACCCGCAAGACUUCCCCAACCCCAAGACCCUGCUCAUGCCUAACAAGGGUUCUCCCAAAGCAGGCGCUCCAGCCGGGUACAUGCAGCCCGGUGGGCACGCCAACAUGUUAAGUCACCCAGUCGCACCCACGGGGCCCCUCAGCCACCCACCCAACCCAGGUGCCCAGGUGGCCAUGUUGAACUACAGUAACACUAAACCCCUGUCCCAUUAUGAGGCUGGAGCACCGGGUGCACCCAGGGGCCCUCCGGCCACACAGAACCAGAACAAACAGAGCCAGGCCAUCCUGAACCUGAUGCGACAACAGCAGAUGCAGAAGCAGAGGCCGGCCAGCAUGAACUUCAGACCAGUACACCACCAGCAUGCUCCGGAUUCGGGGUCCUAUCCCUCCACAGCUCAUGUUCCUGGCCAGGGCAACAGCAUGACACCACAGCAGAGCAGCAACAGCAUCCCGGCUAACCAUGGUAGUGCGGCCUACAUGAAGCAGCAGCAGAUGCAGUUGAUGAGUCAGCAGAAGCAGUUCCUCCAGAGGCAGAUGAUGGCCGAGCAGGAGAAGCAGCGGCAGCAGCAGGAACAGCAGCUGCAGAGGCAUGCAGCAGCUGGCCCGUAUGCCCAACAGCAUGCCCAACGCCAUGACUAA